AUGGCGACUGAAUCGGAACUAGCAAAACAGACUGUACUGAUAAACAAGAUACUAAAAAACUCUAUUGAAUCUGUGAUUAGAGUCUUAGUUAUUCGAAGGGGUUCAAUAACACCUUAUAAGAAUUCAAGGCACGAAGGAACUUAUAGAACAAUCAUAUUAGUUGACGAAGAGGGCACAAAGAUUCAAGAAACACUAUUUAAUAAGCAUAUCGAAACAUGGAAGGACUUUUUGAAGCCAAAUAAGAGCUACUACAUUGCUAAAGGACGCUAUGAUCGUGUCAACCCCAACUACUCUUCUGUGCAUAAAAAAGUUGAAUUGGCCUUUACAGACAACACAGUUAUAAAGGAGACCGACCAUGAGGUUUCAACACAUAAAUUUUCUGAUGGUUUUUUAUCAUUAGAUGUUGUUGAUAACUUAUCUAAUGGUUCUAUUCUAGGUAACUAUCCAAACAUCAAAGUUGUUAUUUUCAUACUCUAUUACGUGAAUCCUAUCAUUCAAAAUGCAACUUCGAAAAGACGAGAAAUAGUUGUUACAAAUGAGUUGAUGGAGCCUACAACUGUAACUCUUUGGGGUGAUUUUGCUGAAAAUGACGGUGCAUUCCUGGAUAAGCUUAAAGACGAUAAGCCUAUACUCGGCUUAUGCGACGUUAGAGUCUCAAUCUAUAAAGGCCGAUUUGGGAUCUCUACUAUUCCUGUGAGCAGUGUCUUAAUCAAUCCAAUUUUCCAAAAAGCAAUCGACCUUUGA